CUGCACCAUCUGCAUCAUCAGCUGCAUCAUCUUCUCACACAGCAAACAGCAUCUGAUCAGUCAGUGGAAAGGAUGAAGUGCACAAUGCUUUUUCUCGUGCUGUCCAUGGUUGUCCUGAUGGCUCAGCCAGGAGAGUGCUUCAUUGGAUGGAUCGUAAAAGGAAUCAGUGAGGCAGCUCAUCACAUUCACCGCGCGAUUCAUAAGAGAAGAAGAGGUGCAGAAGAACAAGCAGACCAACAGCAACUGGACCAGAAUCAACUAAACCGGCAACAACUGGACCAGAAUCAACUGAAACAAGAUCAACUGGACCAGGAUCAACUGAAACAAGAUCAACUGGACCAGGAUCAACUGGACCAAGAAGAUCUGGACCAGGAUCAACUGGACCAAGAAGAUCUGGACCAGGAUCAACUGGACCAAGAAGAUCUGGACCAGGAUCAACUGGACCAAGAAGAUCUGGACAAGCAGCAGUUGGACAAACGUUCCUACCAAUCCGCACGCCGUCGCUUUGAUUAGAUACAACAGGAUACUCUAGAUAUGAAAGCAGUUCUUACUGUUAAACAUUUUUCCAGUAUCAACCUUCUUUGUUAUUUUGUGUCAUUUCUGAAUACUUUGCUUUUGUUUUAUGACAUUUUUUUUGGCAAAGUGGAAAAUAAGCCAACGAAGCUUUACAGGCAACUCCUACCGCAUUGUAUGUAAACCUGCAGAGAGUUUUGUCAAAAGUGAAAUGCAAAUAAAAUAAUUUUCUCAAACUCUU